AUGACCCUGCAGUGUCGGAAGCCACAUAAUAUGACUGAGUACAAAAUGUUCCUGCUCCUGAAGGAAGGAGUUUCAGCACCUGUACAGGUUCAGAAAUCAGAAAGGAACAGAGCAGACUUCUCACUUCAUGAUGUGACCCUCGAGGACACAGGAAACUACAGCUGUGUCUACCACCAGAUAGGAGCCCCUUUCUGGGCCUCAGACCCCAGUGAUCUCCUUGAGAUCUUGGUGUUAGAUUUCUUUCCCAAACCCAGCCUCAGUGCUUGGCCAAACUCAGUGGCUUCAGAGAACAGCAGCGUGACACUGCGAUGUGUGAGUCCCACACCAGACAUACAACUUGUUCUCAGAAAGGGAGACACCAUUUUGGAUUCCAGGCCUCCACAUCAUCUGACAGAGGGGACAGCUGAGUUCCAUCUGACUAACCUUCAGCUGAGGCAUGCUGGAUAUUACACCUGUGAAUACUACAGAAAGGAUUCUCCCAAUCAAAGUUCACCUUCCAGUGAUGUCCUCUUAUUAUUGGUCACAGGAUACCUGCCUAAGCCUUCCCUUCGUGUCCAGCACUUGCAUCAAGUUACCACAGGAGAGAAGGUGAAUCUACAGUGUCAGAAGCCACACAAUUUCACACAGUAUAAAACGUUCGCUCUGCUAAAGGAAAGAACUUCAUCCCCCAUACAGCUUCUGAAUUCAGAAAAGGACAUGGUGGAAUUCACCCUUGAGGAUGUGACAGUCCACGAUACAGGAAGGUACAGCUGUGUAUACCUCCAAGCAGAAGCCCCUUUCAGGGCCUCACAUCCAAGUGAUCAUCUUAAUAUCUCAGUGGCAAUUUCCCCAAGGGCCUUAUCACAAUGUUACACCAAGAUUAAUCUCAUCAGGCUGGGAAUGUCUGCCAUGUUUGUGGUGCUUAUGGUAGUCUUCCUGGCAGAAGCCUGGUACAGCCAAAGAGUGUCACCAAGCGGACCCAGUCCCUGAAGGACCACAGGGCCACUAUGAAUCCUUGAUCAAG